CGCGCCGCCUCUGAUUGGCUGAAAGGGCAGCGGGCGGCCAAUCGGGGCGGGGAUUGUUGCGUGGUGGGGGCAGACAGAGCCGGACGGCGGGAGGCGGUGGAGCGUGAGAAGCGUUGGGGGACGAUGUCGAGCGGGAGGAGCGUCGGGGACCCGGAGUACUUGACCAGGCGCAUCCCUCAGAACCCCCGAUACCAGCACAUCAAAACCCGCCUCGAUACCGGGAGCAGCCUGACAAAAUACAUUGAGAAGUUGGAGGAAAUCAAAAGAAAUUACAGGUACCGAAAGGACGAGCUGUUUAAGAGACUGAAGGUGACCACUUUCGCCCAGUUGGUCGUUCAGGUUGCUUCCCUGUCGGACGAAACCUUAGAAGUGACGAAUGAGGAGAUCCACAAGCUGGAAGGUAACGAUAUUUAUGAUGGCAAUUCUGCUGCUUCAGAAUCAGAUGCUGAACUCACAGCGGGCACAAAUGGCAAAGGAAGCCCCAAUGGGACCCCCCCCAGUCCUGUCCUCUUCAUAAACAACGCCGGAGCUGGAGAAUCCUAUCGGUCCACACUGCAGAGUUUGAUAAGCGGUGUCGGUGAACUGGAUAUAGAAAAGGACUCUCAUAAGAAAGUGGGCACCCAGGCGAAGGAUACGCCUUAUCCUGACUGCCCCUUCCUGCUGCUAGACGUACGAGACCGGGAUGCUUACGACCAGUGUCACAUAGUUGGAGCUUAUUCCUAUCCUAUUGCAAUGCUGUCUAGAGCCAUGAAUCCAUACACAAACAGUAUUCUGGAAUAUAAAAAUGCACACGGAAAGAUAAUAAUUUUGUACGACGACGACGAGAGGCUCGCCAGCCAGGCUGCCACCACCAUGUGCGAGAGGGGCUUUGAGAACUUGUUCAUGUUGUCCGGAGGGUUGAAGGUCCUUGCACAGAAGGUCCCGGAAGGACUCGUCACCGGCUCGCUCCCCAUUACCUGCCAGGUGGCAGCUCCCACAGGAUCUGCCCGAAAAAAGGCCCCUCCCAAGGUGCCACCCACCCGUGCCGAGAGCAAGUGGAGGUACUCUGCAGAAGAUCUGCAGAAGAUCAAGUACUACCUCGAAGAGGAGCAGCUUCCUUCAGACACUGCCAGUCGCCUCAGCCGUGGCUCUUCGGGACGCGAUUCCAAAGCAACAACAGCAAGGAGCAGCCCCAGCCUCCCCAGCAUGGCGGGAUCCCGCGUGCUCAGCAGGAGCAGCCUCCAGAACAGGCCAUGGAAAUAAGCAGCGGUGUCUCCUCCCACUGAAUAAAUGAGCAUCCAGGUUCUGGGAACUCUGAGCAGUGCAGCCCUGUUUGUCAUUUUAGGAAUCCGCGGAGGAAAGCGGUGCUGGUUUAUAAAUGGCAGCUGGGGUAAGGCCGGGGAGAUGGAAGGGUUGAUGUGAUGUCUCGUAGGAGCAGUGUCAUGUUGGCAAGGUGCCCUUCAGGACAGGAUUUUGUAGGGGAGGGGGGAAAACUGAUAGCGAAGCCUGUGACCAAGUAGCAGUGGAUCUGUAAAGCUUGCAGUUCAGACUAAGGAAUUGUGUCUGCAGCAAACGUUCCUCUGGGCUGGGCUCCGAGCUGCAGGCUGCACUAACAGCGGAGGGAAACGGGACAGAAAUUUGUGAGCAGAAACUGUGGCGUUCUGUGGCAGGGAUGGACAUUGAGCAAAUUGCCAAAAUGACGGAGAGAGGAUUCCGUAACUCUCUUUUUAUUUAUGUUAACGAGCAGAAGUGUUUGUAAUAAAGAUGUUUUGGGAAAUAACGACCAGCAUGGCGCAGUAGUGUGAUAGUUGUCUCUAAUUAUGGAUGAUUUAUGAAAUGGUUCUGUAUUUCUGAAGGUGAGUCAUAGGGUUGACGUUUGUUCCUAUGUAUGCCCUUUCCCCACAUGUUUUUGGAGUCGUUUCUUUAAGGUUAGGGUGGCUGAAGGGGGUAUAUUCUCUUCCCCUUUCAUCAGAACCCCCAGAAUAACCCUGAAAAUGAAUCUGGUAACUGAGCAGGCUGCGGGGAUUUCAUGAAACCUUCCCUCUCAUCCAUGCUUUCACGGUGCCAGCGCUGGCUGGGGGACCUGACAUAGUCUGGAACUCAGCAGUGACAAAGCUGAUGCAGGGUGUGGAACAUCAGAACCAAGUUUAGCUCUGUUUUGUGCUUGUGAAAGAAAGGAAGAGGUUUAAUGAGCAGCUUUUCUGCCUCUAGCCUGUUCAGGCUCGCUCACUAUAGUACCAAAUAUCGGAGGAGGACCACAGAACUUUGCUCUGAGUCUUACAUCAGAAAUGCUCACUGAAGUGACGUUUCUGCACCCAGGAACUGGAAGGCUCCUUCUGAUCACCUCGUGUCCUGCACCUCCAGAGGGAGCGUGUGUGUACUGAAGUGUUGUAGUGCAAGAACUGGUCGGGUAUUGAAACACAAAUAAAAAGUACAGCGAGACUGUGUCUCAUUUCUUUCCAUCUGUUGGAAGAUGAAUGCAUCUCACUGUCUCACGAGCGGGAUGUCCACCUGAAGCUUUCACAGGAGUUGGAAAUGUCAUGGAAAUGCCACGUCUAGCUUUGAAUGUUGGGGCAUGAUGGGGCUCACUCCCAUACCUAUUUCAAUCUCCAUGUCCUGAGUUGUCUGCCUCUUUCUGCUCUGUACGGUGCCUCCACUUCCAUGUCACUGUGAAAUAAAAGUAUUGAACCGA